UGCCGGCGGUACGCGCGCAGAGCCUCUGAGGCGUGGGCCCAGUGGGGUGUACAGCCAAUGGGCUCCCGGCCAGGUGAUGGAAGUCGUCGGUGGCCGACUCCUCCCAUUUAGGGUUCGUGUUAGGUAGGCCUGGACUUUAGAAAUUGGGCGGUCCACCCUCCCCGGCCGAGGCGAGGCGGGACAGUUGUUGCUGAGGUGAGGUCUAGUGAAUGGUGAAGUACUUCCCGGCCAGGGGACACCUGGGGCCGUGGGGUGUCGGUGGCGUGGAGUCGGAGAGGCGUAUGGCCCGCGGGGGAAUCCAGCCUCUCUAACGGAGCGGGCGGAGCGCAGCCCUCAGGUCUGGCGGGCGGCGUGGAAAACGCAGUGGAGCCAGAGUAGCCGAGGCACGGCCUUGGGUUGCCCCACGACGGCUCCUCCGGCCCGGGACCUUGCAGCCUCCCUUCUCCUUUCACUCACGUGCAGUCCCGGGCUGGAGAAGGGACCGGGGGCGCACUGAGUUCUCGACCCCCAUUUCAGUCUCAAAUCUCCUGGUGGACACCUUAGUAUGAGGUGAUUCCUAAGCAGCUGGGAACCUGAGGCUGUAAAAAGGGCUGUAGGAAAUGGACCGCAGUAUAAAAUCCAGAAGCAGACCUUGAAGGUUUAACCACUGACCUAUUUCACAGGACUGCAAAUAUCAUAGAGACCACAGUUGGAUUCCAGUUAUAUUCUCCAAUCAAAGUGAUUCAGUCGUUUAAUGAAGUUAAUUUUGGAGAGUUUUAUGUUUAUAAACGACGCCAAAAGAUGGGAGAAAAAAAUGGUGAUGCAAAAACUUUCUGGAUGGAGCUGGAAGAUGAUGGAAAAGUGGAUUUCAUAUUUGAACAAGUGCAAAAUGUGCUACAGUCACUGAAACAAAAGAUCAAAGAUGGGUCUGCCACAAAUAAAGAGUACGUUCAAGCAAUGAUUCUAGUGAAUGAAGCAACUAUCAGUAACAAUUCGACAUUGAUGAAGGAUCAUAUGUCUGUGACCCAAAAUGAACAGGAAAACAAAUCAAGUUCAUUGCCCUCUACAUCACAUGAAGACACCUUUCCAGAAGACUGUACAUUUCUAUUCCCCCAAAAUAAGAAAAUUCCCCCUCUGGAAAAUAAAGUUGCAGACUUUAGAGAAAAAGAAUCAUCUUUGAAUUUAUCUUAUCAAAGUCAUGACUGCUCUGGUGCCUGUCUGAUAAAAACACCACUAACCUUCAAGGGAGAAAACCCUCUGCAGCUGCCAAUCAAAUGCCACUUCCAAAGACGACAUGCGAAGACAAACUCGCAUUCUUCAGCACUCCAUGUGAGUUAUAAAACCCCUUGUGGAAGGAGUCUACGAAACGUGGAGGAAGUUUUUCGUUACCUGCUUGAGACAGAGUGUAACUUUUUAUUUACAGAUAACUUUUCUUUCAAUACCUAUGUUCAGUUGACUCGAAAUUACCCAAAGCAAGAAGAAAUUGUUUCUGAUGUGGAUAUUAGCAAUGGAAUGGAAUCGGUGCCCAUUUCUUUCUGUAAUGAAAUUGACAAUAGAAAGCUUCCAUACUUUAAGUACAGAAAGACUAUGUGGCCACGAGCAUAUUAUCUAAACAACUUUUCCAACAUGUUUACUGAUUCAUGUGACUGUUCUGAGGGCUGCAUAGACAUAACAAAAUGUGCGUGUCUUCAACUGACAGCACGGAAUGCCAAGACUUGCCACUUGUCAAGUAAUAAAAUAACCACUGGAUAUAAAUAUAAAAGACUACAGAGACAAAUACCUACUGGCAUUUAUGAAUGCAGCCUAUUGUGCAAGUGUAAUCGACAAAUGUGUCAAAACCGAGUUGUCCAGCAUGGACCUCAAGUGAGGCUGCAGGUAUUCAAAACUGAAAAGAAAGGAUGGGGAGUACGCUGCCUAGAUGACAUUGACAGAGGGACAUUUAUUUGCAUUUAUUCAGGAAGAUUACUAAGCAGAUCUAACACUGAGAAAUCUGAAGCUAUUGAUGAAAAUAGAAAAGAAGAGAAUAUUAUGAAAAAUAUGUUUUCGAAAAAGAGGAAAAUAGAAGUUGCAGAUUGUGAGGUUGAAGCUAUCCCAUUAGAAUUGGAAACACAUUCUAGAAGUGCUGAGACUGAGAUACAUCCACCUAGGUUCAAUAAUAAUCCAAAACAGCCUGUUACAGAAAUGAAAUGUAACAAUAUUUCAAGAAUUCAGUAUCAUUCAGUCAUUAGAAGUCCUAAAGCCAAGACAGCCUUUAUUCAACGCAAUGGGGAAAAGAUGGGAUUUGCUUCCUCAGAGUUUGUCACCUCAGAAGAUAAUGAUGGAUUUAAAUCAUCCCAAGUACAUCUGAACUCUAAAGCCAAGGAAACGAAAAAGGACUCAAGCUCAAACAAAAUUGAAGAUUCUGAAGACAGUCUGCUGAUUGAAUCAGAUGUGAUAGAUAUAACUAAAUGUAGAGAAGAAACUCCACCAGGGGGCAGAUGUAACCAAGCAACCACAUUGGAUAAUCAGAAUAUUAUAAAGGAGUUUGAGGUUCAAAUACAAAAGCCCCAAGAGGAAAAAUCUCCAGCAUGUCAAAACCAGCAGGUCUUUUGUGAUAAAGAGUUGCCAAGUGAAACCAGGAAUACUUCAUCUGAUUCUCUAAAGAAGUUCAAUAAAGGGAAUGUGUUUUUAUUGGAUGCCACAAAAGAAGGAAAUGUGGGCCGCUUCCUUAAUCAUAGUUGUUGCCCAAAUCUUUUGGUACAGAAUGUUUUUGUAGAAACACAUGACAGGAAUUUUCCAUUGAUGGCGUUCUUUACUAACAGAUAUGUGAAAGCCAGAACAGAACUAACUUGGGAUUAUGGUUAUGAAGCUGGGACUAUGCCUGAGAAAGAAAUCCUCUGCCAAUGUGGGGUUAAUAAGUGUAGAAAGAAAAUAUUGUAAAUCUGUAGCUAA